AUGGCGGAUCCGGACUUCAAGCAAGCGCAGGACCGUUGGUCAGAACGCCUGCUCUCUGAAGAAAGAUUCGCCGAUGCGGUGGCGAUCCUGGGAGCAGAAGGCCAGCGGGUGCCCUUCAUUCGCGCUCACCUGGCUGCCCUGUCCGAACCCCUCUGCGCAGCUUUGUAUGGCGACUUUAAGGAGAACGCCACGCGCGAGAUCACACUGAAGGACGUUGAUGCAGAAGCCUUCGACGUCAUGCAGAGGAGCUCACACCAUCUCGACUGCAAGUUGACUCCUGAACGUGCCAUCUCCACCCUCCAAGCUGCCAAGCUCUACCUCAUUGAUGACCUCAGCAGACACUGCCUGAGGUAUUUGACAAGUUUGCAGCAGUCAGAAUUGGACUUGAAAGUGCGGACAAUCACUGCAGCACUCAAAAUGUCGUACUGCCUACCAGAAGACUUGCUUCUUCGGUAUUGCCGCGAGAUGUUGCUGAAUAGCAAGGGCCUGAUUGAAUCGCCAGCUUUCGCUGAAGCACAUGGAUCUAUCAUACAUGCGUUGAUCCAGUUGGAUGAGUUGGAAGUCAACGAGGAAGUGCUUUGGAGCCAGCUCGUGGAGUGGUCUUCCAAUGCAGUGCGCAAGCCGGAGAUGCUGGGUCCAUAUGCGGAUGCUGUUGGCACAUCUACGAAACGACAAAAAGGAGAGUCAGAUGGAGAUGACGGCCUUGGAGGCAAUGAAAAGGCACAGCGAUCAGCCAUCAUUCGUAUGAUCGCAAAACACAUGCGCUUUGCGGGUGUCAGCAAAGAGUUCUUCUUUGACAGUGUGAGAACGUGGUUGCCGCGUGAGGACAGUGAUGCCGUCAUAGGUUGCUUGUGGCUGGGACGCCAAUCGCCCGACGUCUGGGCUUGCAAGCGGCAAGGCCUGCCGACCAGCGAACGCAUACCAGCUGCAAACGUCACAGUGACACAGGAACGUCCAGAUGCACAAGGACAAGGGGUCCAAGCUUUGCUAGCGGGUUCCGUGUGGAAGCCCCCUGCAACGAACAGCCGCUUGAAAAUCAGCGCGCCUGCCUCGAUGAGCAAAGUGGCGCUCAACUUUUCUCCCCAAGGUUCCGUGUGGAAUUGCCAUCUGCAGUACACAGUAUUAACAGGAGUAUUUAAAACGCAGCCUAGCAGCAUUGAUGUUGAGGGUCGAACUCUGACAUUUGAGUUCGGCCGACCUCUGCGCACCUGUUGGAUUCAUCCUGGCACCCUCCCCGAGGAUGCAGCUUCAUUGACACAGGUGACAAUCUUUCGGCGCAAAGCACGAGCUGAUGUUGCCGAGGAGGCAGCCAGCCGUCUGUGCAAGAACCUCUUCCCAUCCAGCACGGAUGCCGCCUCGUCUCACUAA